CGUUUUGUCAACCUCGAAGCUCCCUUCCGGCAAAGAACAAUUGGUGUCGCACACGUCAUCCCUCGCUCCCUUGCUAGCAAUCGCGUCCGAUUCUGUUUCACGUCCCUCGAAGUAUCGCAUCCAACCUUCAACGACCAAUUGCGCAUCAUGGGGAAGAAGAAGCGUGGCCACCCCGACGUCGAGGAUCUCCUCGCGCGGCCAUGGUGCUACUAUUGCGAGAGAGAUUUCGAGGAUCUGAAGCUUCUGAUCUCGCAUCAGAAGGCCAAGCAUUUCAAGUGCGACCGAUGCGGGAGGCGAUUGAACACGGCUGGAGGUCUAUCUGUGCAUAUGAACCAGGUACACAAGGAGUCGCUCACGUCAGUCGAAAAUGCGCUUCCGAAUCGUCAAGGCCUCGAGGUGGAGAUCUUCGGUAUGGAGGGUGUUCCUGAGGACGUGGUACAACAACACAACCAGCGCAUCAUCCAGACAUUCUACCAGGCCCAGGCCGAGCGAUACGCCGCGACUGGCAACCCCCCGCCUGGACAGAGCUCCAAGGGUCCCGCGAAGAAGUUGAGGAUUGAGACCCCAGAAGAGAUUAAGAAACGAUUAGCAGAGCACCGGGCGCGAGUAGCCGCGCAGAAGACGGCGAAUGGCGGUGCCCUGAACCACACACCUCCUGUCGGCAUUCCAGAUGGUCACAGUCCGGGGCAGAGCGCAUCCCCUGGCGCGUUUAACUCACCCUUCCCACCGCCUGGCGCCCAGUACCCUGGUUACCCACAAGGUGCUCCGGCCUUCACCCCUCCCCCGCAAUAUCCCCAAGGCGGCUUCAACUACCCGCCAUCCAGCUUACCGCAACGGCCAGGAAGCAAUCUUGCAGCGCCGCCUGGGCUUCCGCCACGUCCUGGCCAGCCUGGAUUCCCUGGGUACGCGCCAGUGGCGUCAACGGUGGAUGAGCUGGUCGCAGGCGCAGCACGGCAAGGCGACGACAUCGACGAGAUCAUCCGAAUGGCAGAAGCGGGCAUCAAGCCGCCCAAGAAGCCAGAGCCUGUGGCUGAGGCGCCGGCUGAGGAGCCAGUGGGCGAGAAAAAGUCUAAGAAGGACAAGGACAAGAAUGUGAAGAUGAUAUACGAGGAUGAAGUGAGUCCCGAGGAGAGAUUGGCACUCAUGCCGAGAUAUGCCUUUGUGCCCGAGGCCGCAGCUUGAGGGGUGUCUCUGCUUACAGGAGCGGUUGGGGCGGGGAAACUGGGAGGGAUUGUAUCAUAUUGGUGGUAACGCAACCAGGGCCAUUGCCACGCUGUUUAGGCGGUGUAUAGUGAAAAGAAAGGUAAUGAUUCUGCCCGCUGCCGCAUUUCUCACUGUUUGUUGCGUUAUAUGUUUCGUCCCAGGCCUGGAUGACAACGUUGGGCUCACCACUAUUCAGUCCAGGCUAGCGUUGAUUUGGAUAGUAUUGGAAGUGUUCUGCAAAGCUCUUUGGAUUUUGUAAGGCUGCCGGCACCAUGUCACCGGCUUGGAAUGCCUCUGGAUGCCAGGCUCGGACGACUUACAUCGAUACAUGUCAAAACAUUCACCCUGCCUUACUUGACGUAUUUGCCCAACAGGUGACGAACCAACCAUUCCAAGGUUGCGAUUUCUGCAUCGAGGGGGAAUUCCCA